AUGGGGCCUGCGCCGGCGCCUGAGAGUCGCGCGGCAACCCCGCCGAGCCCCCAGCGGAAGAGACGGCGGGAGGACUCUGGGCCGGCGCCACCGGAUCCAGACUUCAGGAUCCCGGUAGCCAAAUGGCAAUACCGGCCGACCGCAGGCGUCAUCGUGACUGAAGGGGCGCAGGCGCCGAGGCCAGAACCAAGCCCGUCGACCGUGUCGACGCAGGCGGACGCAGGGACGGCGGGGGCGCAAACAGUCGUGGCGGCCACUGGGAGAGCGGCGGAGGCGGCGGCCGAGAGGUGGACAGAGCAGCCGUCCGAGUCCUCGGUGCCGGCGGAACCUACCCCGGGCGUGCAGAGCCCGGGGCGGACGACGGUGGAGGCAGCAGCCUUGCCGGGGCCGGCGGACGCGGCGGCCGACGCGGGGAUGCGACCGCCGUCCGAGUCUUCGGCACCGGCGGAACCUACCCCGGGCAGACAGAGCCCGGGGUGGAUGGUGGUGUGGUCCCUCGAGCUCUCGCGGGUCCGCAUCGUCUGA